CGGUGUUGGUUGUUGCCGUGCCGCAUUGUUGUCCAUUGUUACUCGGGAAUGGCACCGCUGCUGCAUCUCGUUCCCGAUAGAACCGUGGACAGCGGAACAGCACGUGUUCUACGUCCUCUACGGCGUCCCCGCACUCGGGGCAGUUGGGCGAGCCAUCUAGGAUGCCUUUCUCGACGAAAUAGGAGCGCAAGAACCCGCGUUCCGUGAGGAGCUGGGUGUGGAAAAAGUCGACUUCCCCAUGCUUGCGGCCGACCCAGAGAUUAAUGUCUGGAAUCAGCCUCCUAGUCUUCAAUCCUGGUGCUCCUGGUUGCCCUGCAUCCGUUGUCCACUGGUCCUGCCAGCGCCUCAUCGUUUCCUCCCUUUGCCACUUCCGUGUGUCUGAUUGAACACCACCACUCGCUACCUUUUCGUCGUGGCAGCGGAUAUCCUCCUGCAUGCGGAGGACUAACGGGGUGGUGUUGGCGACAUCGCAAGCGGCAUCAUAAGAAACGGUCUGGAAGGCACUAGCGACUCGGAGAGCGACCGACCAACUUCACUGUACUGAAAAUGAAGCCUACUGCGUUAACGUGUGUAUGCGCUUCUGCCAAGCCAACCACGCCGUACUGCAUGUGUGUGAAUAUUUGCAUCACUGGACUAAGAACACAAAUCUCACCGCACAGCAGAUCGUGUGUCGCCAAGUGUGUGCGUGUGUUUAUGUUGUAUACGAUAAUAUAGGUUGCCGACCCCUGGGAACGAAGUGGUGAGUGCCGCUCGGGGCUCGAUCGUAGGUACGUGGGUGCAAGGAGAUCCCGUCCGGAAAAUCCACGCAAACAAUGAGACUCCAAAUUUUGAGUGAUUCAGGCCGAGGGGUAUGAGGAAGCUUGAGGAAGCAAGGAGAAACGCGCUGCGGUGAGAGCGCGCUUUGCUUUUUGAGUGCGCUUGUUACUAACACAACACGAACCCAGCGUAUUGGAACAAGCCGUGUGUGAUUGUGUGCGUGCGUCGACGGCUAUUUCAGCUGGAGAACUCGUUUUUUAUUUGCACUCAAUUUUUGCCGGUCAGUUUGUCUCAUUCUUACUACCACAUUUGACUUCAUACAAAGUGGCAAAGUUCGACGUUUCGAAUGUUGAUGUUUUUAAUCUCCUUGAUUCUGCGUGAUAAUGUGUACAAAAACUUGUUAUAGUGAAGUGUAUUAAUGUGUUUAGUGUUACUUCGACGUGCACAGUUAAUUUAAAUAUGAAAAGUGUUGGAAAACAAAGUGUUUUAGUGAUAUUUAUGCCUGUUUGUACAUCGGCCAAAGAGGUAAACAUCAUGUUAACAAAGUCAACAAAAAGACCAACGGAAGUCAGGAUCCAUGUAUAGAUUCAUAGAAGCCAAUAAUAAAAAGCUUGAUGCUGAAUUGUUUGGAGAGAGUAGUGAAGCUGGGCCAAGUAAAAUUCAGACAGCUACGUCAAAUGUAGAGUUCCGUGAACACCCGCAUUGUGGUAAGUGCAAAAUAAAAAAAUUAAAAUUUGUGACCAAUGCAAAUUAAACACAAUUAUAAUACUUAUUUUUUAUCUACUCAUUUCAGAGAACCAUCCUUGUCCAUUUGAUGAAUACAUCUUGCAAGAAGAAUACGUCAGUGAUUGGGUUACUAUCGAUGCAUUCGACGAUACGGAAGUAUAUGAAGAGGUCAACGAAGAUUACGAUGAAGCCGAGGAAACUAUGCACAGCACCACAAGAGUCUCAACACGAGGAGGAACCAUUUGAUGAGCUUAUUCGAAAUUGGGCAUUAAAAACAUACCAAACACAUCAAGCUCUAAAUGGACUAUUAGAAAUUUCACGUAAAAAAAACGGACUACCAGCUGCCGAAAGAUGCGCGCACGUUGCUUAAGACAAGGCAAUGUGGAAAAGAAAUGUACCCUAUAGCAGGGGGAGAAUUUUGGUUCCCUGGGGUACGAUCGGGUCUCAAGGAUCACUUUCGCGAUGUGCCACCAAGAGUCAGCAAAUUUUCGUUGUACUUUUCGAUUGAUGGACUUCCACUGCACAAGAGCACUCGAAAACAGUUUUGGCCCAUAUUAAUGAGCAUUCAAGAAAUGCCGGAAGUUCCAGUAUUGAUGGUGGGCAACUUUUUUGGUGAAUCGAAACCAAAGAGUGUUGAGGAAUAUCUGCGUCCGCUUGUCGACGAGCUAAAUGGGUUGAUGGAUAAUGGCAUUGUAAUAGCCAAUAAGCUAAUCGAAAUACACGUAAGAGCUUUCAUCACGGACUCACCAGCACGAGCAUUCAUAAAAGGUUCAGUUUACUUCAACCACACACAUGGUUGCCAAAAAUGUACGGUACAAGGAAGAUAUCACAGCGCACACCGAGUUACAUGUUUCCCGGGAAUGGAUCAUCCAGCAAGAACGCAUGAAGAUUUCGUCCAAUCAAAUUACGGAGCACAUCAUCGGGAAAAAACGCCUCUCAUGGAUCUUAAGAACUUAAGAAAGCAGAUUAUUAUAGCAGAUCGUUUGCACCUCUUUGACUACGGCGUAACAAGAACAAUGCUGAAAGGAUGGAAAUCAGGCAAAUUAGGAGGGGGUGCCAAGUGGUCUGAAGAAACAAUAAGCAAGAUUUAUGCUUUGCUGAAGGAGGUGGAACUUCCUUUAGAGUUUCAUCGCAAACUCCGUUCUGUUGAAGACAUUGGAUUGUGGAAAGCUAGUGAGUUCCAAAUGUUUCUGCAUUACGCGAGCUUUAUCGUUUUGAAGGAUGUAUUAACAGAUGUACAGUAUGACCAUUUUAUGAAGUAUUACUGUGCGGUAACAUUGUUAUCAUCCGAAGUGUAUAAGAAUGAUUGGCUUGAGGCGAAACGCUUGCUAAGAGAGUUCGUUUUAGAAUAUGGUGUUAUCUACGGCGAACAUUGCAUCACCAGCAACAUACAUAGUUUGUUGCAUGUGUAUGAUGAUGUAGACACAUUCGGCCCGCUUUACACCAUUUCAUCUUAUCCCUUUGAAAGUAAGCUCCAGCAUGUCAAGAACUGUCUUCGAAACGGUCAUAAGGUUUUGGUGCAGGCUGCAAAUAGGAUAUCGGAGCAAAACCCACAUAUUGCGUCAUCAAGUACAACAAAUCCAUCUUUUCCAUUUUUGAAAACCAAAACUAAUGGAGUAGCAUUGCACAUUAAUCGACAAUUAACUCUUUCUCCUGGUUUUCAGUCCAAUUGGUUUUUGACUCAUGAUAACUACAUAGUUAAAUAUUGUAGCGCAGAACAAAAAGAUUCAACUAUAAAAAUUAAUGGGAGAGCAUUCAAUUAUAUAACGGAAACCCUCUCGUACUAUAUUUCACCUUUUAUGAAGGAUAUAUAUGAAGAAAAUAUUAGUAACCUUCGUACCGAUGAAAUGGUAUUUUUACCCAGGGAUAUAAAGUGUAAAUUAGUAGCUAUUAAAACUACUGAUAACUUCUUAGUGUUAGUUCCCUUUCUCAGGACGUUAACCGAAUAAAACGUAAAAAAUCGAUCUUAUAUAAAUAUUAUUAACGUUUAAUUAUGUAAAUAAUUAA